AUUAAUUGGGUGUUGAAUUUCCGCGUUUUGAUCUUACAGUCCUAGGAUACAGUUAGAUACUUAUAUACUUCACAUGUUUUUCUUCUCUCCUUAAAUACCCAAGGCUUAAGAACCACGGACACCAUUUCUUAUAAGUUAUAACUACUUACGUCUAUGCCUGGUUCUACAAAUAGGGUGGGGACGUUCUUAACGCUUCAUUGGUUAUCGGUUAAGAAAAUACUCAGAGAUGCAAGUCAUGCAAGUUCUUCACAUGAAUGGAGGAGAUGGUGAAACUAGUUAUGCCAAAAAUUGCUCCGUCCAGGACAAGAUUAUAUCAAUAGCAAAACCAGCAAUCGAGGAAGCUGUACUGGGAAUCUUAGACGACAAUAUUCCAGAGAGCUUUGGCAUUGCAGAUAUGGGUUGCUCAUCGGGACCCAACAGCUUCCGAGUUAUCUCCGAUAUAAUGAACAUCAUCUAUGCCAAAUGUUCGAAUCUAGGCCGUCUCUCACCGGAGUUCAGGGUUAUGUUGAAUGAUCUUCCUUGCAAUGACUUCAAUGCCAUAUUUGAGUCAUUACCGUCAUUCUUCAAGAAGCUAAAAGAAGAGAAGGGUAGCGGAUUCGGGCCAUGCUUUAUAGCAGGUGCGGCUGGUUCGUUUUAUGGUAGAGUAUUCCCUAGGAAGAGUCUGCACUUUGUGCACUCUUCUUCAAGUCUCCACUGGCUCUCCCAGGUUCCACCUGCUCUAAAUAGCAGUGCUAGCACAGCUUUGAAUAAAGGAAAGAUCUAUAUAUCUAAGAGCAGCCCACAGAGCGUGUUGGAUGCAUACUCGAUGCAGUACCAAAAUGACUUUUCUCUUUUUCUUAAAUCACGUGGAGAAGAAAUACUUUCUGGAGGCCGAAUGGUUUUGUCGUUCAUGGGAAGGAGAACUUCUGAUCCCACAACAGAAGAGAGUUGCUACCACUGGGAGCUCUUAGCACAUGCACUAAUGAGCAUGGUUUCAGAGGGUCUAAUUGAAGAGGAAAAAGUUGAUUCGUUCAACGCGCCUUACUAUGCUCCAUGCCCCGAAGAACUUAAAUUGGAAGUAGAAAAGGAAGGGUCAUUCAUUAUUGAUCGCCUUGAAGCGUUUGAAAUUGAUUGGGAUGGAGGUGUUGAUGAAGCCGUAAAUAACACAUUGGGGGCACUGUCAAGAGGUCAGCGAGUAGCAAAGACUAUAAGAGCCGUAGUGGAAUCAAUGGUGGCACAUCACUUCGGAAAUCACAUACUGGACGAGUUAUUUCGAAGGUAUGCUCAGAUGGUGGGCGAUUACUUGUCGAAGACUCAAACCAAGUACAUCAAUUUAGUCAUCUCGAUUAUCAGAAAGGGUUGAAACAAAUAAAAGAGAGAUGGGAAGCAUAUAUAACUGA